GCGUUGUUUCACCAAUCGGAGUUUGUUAUUAAUUCAAAAGAAAGACGUUUGUGUCGAACCGUCGCAUGUGUAGUUUAUAUGUAUAAAAUUAUUAAGUAAUAUUUAUUUACAUGUUUUAAUGGUUUAAAUGUACAGAACACGAAACGGAGUGAAUCAAAAUAGCCGCAGGGAUCGCAAGCUUCAGGAUUUUCGUUAACAGAAUCUUUCGGUGACAAGAAACAGCAAAAAUGACUGAAUACACAAAUGGGGAAGAAAUUAUGCAAAUAGCAACGGUGGAGAGUAUUUCCAGCACUGUUCGCAGUAACCUGAAACGAUUAUACGACAUAUGGAAAGAAAUGGGUCUAAGCGAUACCACCAGGUCUGCAUAUUGUCAGGAGGUCCACAAGCACAUUACAGAAUUAAUGUGCGAGAUGGUUACUGAAUUAGAAGAGAAAAAAACUACUCUCCUUCAAGGUGUCCAUCACUUGAUGGAACUAGCAAAUACUCUGGUUAAGGAGUUACAAAUGGAUGAUAUUCCUGGAAAAAAUCCUGAUUAUGAACACCUCCCUCUAAUCGAAGUACAAGAGAAACUUGGGGCACAAGUACACGAACUGCAGAUGAUUAAGGAUCGACGUUUGAAAUACUUAAAAGAACUUAGAUCACGGGAAGAAGUUCUUUGCAAGAAACUUGGCACAAAGCCUAUUGGUCUGAACGCUGAAAUGCCUUCACAGGAAGAACUCAAUCAUUUCCAGGACUACUUGGAAAUUCAGGAACGUGAAAAGCUUCGUUUGGAGACACUCUUCAAUGAUUAUCAAAGAUCCGUUAAAAAAUUAAUGGAAGAAUUGGAUAUUACUCCAUCUUUGGACUUUGAACGGCUAGUGUGCCAAAACUAUGAAAAUUUCGUAUUCACGAGCGAAAAUAUGACAAAAUUAAAAGAAAUGAGAGACGAUCUGAAGCUCCAGGUCGAAGAUGCGAAACAACAGGCUGAAGAGAAACGAGAUGAGUUAAGGGCAAUUUGGAGUUAUCUCGAUGAACCUGAAAUUUUUUGUGAAAAAUUCAUCCGUGAACAUCAGGGCCAUAGUGUGACAACCCUAAAAGCCUUGAGCGCAGAAAUCAAACGUUGCAAGGAUAAGAGAAGCGAAAACAUAGGAAAGUACGUGGCGAAAGUCCGAGACGAUCUUGAGGAACUUUGGGAAUUAUGCAAGUUCAGCGAAACUCAAAAAAGAUCCUUUAUGCCUUUCUAUUCGAAAACUUACACGGAAGAUCUGCUUACUCUGCACGAAUUAGAAGCGGAAAAGCUCCGCAAGUUCUACAAAACAAACAAGAAGAUUUUCGAUCUUCUUGAAGAGAGAGAAACUCUUUGGGAGAAAAUGAAAGAACUGGAUCAAAGGGCCAACGAUCCUGAUCGUUUUCACAACCGUGGUGGUCAGUUAUUGGCUGAAGAGAAGGAGAGAACAAACACAACAAAGAAGCUACCGAAGAUAGAAAAGCAGUUGCUGCAUGCGUCAGAAGAGUUUCAAGCUGAUCAUGGAGAAGUAUUUACCAUCAACGGUGUAACAAUGUAUGACUUUUUGGAAUUCAGCAAGGCGGAGUACGAGAAAGAGAAGGAAAACAUGAAAAUAGCGAGAAAGCAGGCAAAAGACAAGUCCGCAAAGAAAACCCCUCUUAGUACCUCGAAAAGAACUCCAAUUGGAAUGAGCAUGAGGGUGAGGACACCGGGCACUGCAGGGGCUAAACGAAAACUACCUUACGAUUCGUCCCCGAACAGCACCGUGACAAAACGACGCAACGUAAGCGGGGAAAAGAAUCGAACGGCAGUGAUCAGUUCCAAAGCCAGACGCAGUGGAAGAAUAUCCAAAAAGGCCUUGAAUCUGAGCAAAUCAAACACACCGAGAUCGGGGAAAAAGCUGAAAUCCAAGGUGACAGGCAGUAAAGUAAAUCUCAGCAUUUCUUCCUACGGUAAAUUCCAAGAGCACUUGGAGGAAAGAAACGAACUGCGAAGUUCCAUGCUGCCGGACCAGGUACUCGAAAAUGCUUGUGAAAGAGGGAAUAUGAAAACUCCCGUUCGAACCCCGGCGAAACCUUUGAGAAAGAACUUGCUUCCUGUACCUACUUCAGGUACUCCCAGGCCUGCAUCUUCUUCACGAGUCACUCCAAGAAGUCCGAGAGUUAUGCAUACGCCGCGUUUGGCACCCAUGCCAAACAAUACGCACUUUAUUUUCUAAAAAAAAAAUGUAAUACCUGAUGCGACAACUUUAAUGUUUUGUACCUUAAUGAGUGUUAAGAACGCGCAAUUGAAUGUUUAGCGUUCAAUUUUCUAUACUCUUCAAUGGCAGAAGCUCGUCUGCCUUGUGAUCACGAGCGCAUGAGAAGCAAGUGCAAGAAAUAUUAAAGUUCUUAGUCUAUUAUAAGGUUUUCAUUUCUUUGAUUAUAAAUUAAAGACGAAUUAAAAUAUCAACUUGUAACUACUUGAAAUACCCUUGAAGGUGUGUUUGCGUGGAGUCAAAUUUUUACUUUUGAGACGAAGAAUGUGAAUAGGUUCAGUCUUCUAAAGAAGCUUCUUAUCAUUUCACGAUUGAUGGUGUGGCUUACAUUUUUGUAAAAUUAUAACGCUUUUCGGUUGUGAAAACUGACUUUUUAUUGUUGGAGUGUCGUGUCUAGCUUGAGAUCUUUUUCAGGAAACUGUUAAUAUUUAUCCUGGCGAGGUAUCGAAUGUGGGAUAAAGUAUUAUUAAUAUUAUUGUAUUCUUACUUAAUUGCUAUUAACACUAAUGAUACUUA